AUGGAAGCGAGCAAGGACAGAGGAGAGCUCGAAACAUGUCCCAUCUGCCCCGACUCUGGCCCUCCAGUUCCACAGAAGUCAACAACAGAGGACCGCAACGAGGACGACGAGGAGCUGCAGUGGAUCGCCUGCUCCAAAUGCAAGAAGUGGUAUCACUGCGUCUGUGCAGCCCUCAUCCCGGAGUUCAAGGACACGAUUCCCGCCGAGCUGCGCCAGGAGCUGGAAGCCAGUGGGCUGGGAGAGUGGUUUGACUGGGCCAACCGCGUGGAUCGAUGGUAUUGCAAGCCAUGCAUCGACUUCUCAAGAUCACCCGAGAACCCCAAGCCGCCUCGUAAUCCGAUACAGGCGACGCUGCGACGCAGGCGGGUCAAGCAAGGCAGCACGUCAGCUUCGCCCUCCACCAAACGCUCGAGACUCGACUCCCAGGCUAGUGUCACUCCGUCCGCCAACGGGGACGUGACGCCCGAUCGGGGAAGGCCGAAGCGCCGAGCUGCGCUUGACCGCCCUGAUUACUACAACAUGCACAACCAUAACGCGACACCAACGCGCAGCUGGCUGGAUCUCAUCAAGAACCCCGCCAAGCAUGGUCGUGUGAUCAAGGAAGGCAACUUUCCUCGCGUUCCAGGGAGCUUACUGCGCAAGCAGUGGAUUGAGUCUGGAGUCACUGCGUCCGAUGUGGCUGUUGGUGACCUACCCUACCCAACGCACCUUCCUCCGACACUAUUCUACGGCCCUACGCGGGAGCCGCUCGUCGUGCGGCCAGAAGACGGCGGCAUCACCUCGAUGGGUGGUAAAGUGCCGGACCCAGGUUUGACAGUCGACGAUGUCUCGCGCCUUGUUGGUCCACACCGGAUGGUGGAUGUUAUCGAUGUGGCGACCCAGCAGUCCUCGCAGUGGCCCUUGGAGAAGUGGGCCCGGUACGUCAAGGGCCGCUCCGAUCCCAACUCGUCGUCGUCGAGCAAGGUCUACAACAUCAUCUCGCUCGAGAUCUCUGGCACCGACUUAGCCCAGAACGUCCGCGCACCCAGUAUCGUCAGCGACAUAGACUGGGUGGAGAACUUUUGGCCAUUCCCGGGCGGACCAGAGGCUGCAAAGCGAGCUGCUGCUCGCGCUGCGGAUGGACUGGAUGAUGAGGGUCAACCGAAGGGAAAGGCGAAGAACGAGUGGCCGAAGGUGCAGCUUUAUUGCUUGAUGGGGAUGGGGGACGCUUGGACGGAUUGGCACGUCGAUUUUGCCGCGAGCUCUGUCUACUACAGCGUGCACACAGGGUCGAAGAUGUUCUUCUUUAUCAGGCCAACCGAGGCUAAUCUUGCGGCAUAUGCGCGUUGGAGUGGGUCACAUGAGCUGCAGCAAUCGACAUGGCUUCCCGACAUGUGCGACGAAGUACGGAAAGUGACACUUGUGGCUGGAGAUACCAUGAUCAUCCCGGCGGGCUACAUUCAUGCGGUUUUCACUCCUGUUGACAGCAUCGUGUUCGGCGGGAACUUUGUCCACAGUUACGACAUCCCUACCCAACUUCGAAUGCGGGAAAUUGAGAUCGACACCCGUGUUCCGCAACGGUUCCGGCUGUGCUGGUAUGUUGCAGACCGGUUCACGAACGACCUGCGCCAGCUACGGGCAUACCGCCCGACCACCAAGGCUCCGGCAGUUAAGCGUCCGUACGAGCGCAUUCUACGCGGUCUGAUAGUGCUUGCCCGCUUCCUGAUUGGAGAAGCGGACAAGAUGACUGACGAGGCGACGGAGGACAAGCAGCGACAGUCAAUCUACCGGAGAAUCCCAACCGACAUCCAAGAUCCGGCCGCGUUGGCCCACGAGCUGCUCUGGCGUGUCGAGAACGAGUUGCCAGAUCUCUGGGAAGACGAUGACGAAGUCAAGGUGGUCGGAGAGGGAAAGGGAAAGCGCGCGAAGCGCGUUGCGAGUGGAGUCCAGAAGCCUGAGCUCAAGGCGAUGCGUCUGCUCGACAAGCCAGCGCCGUCGCGCACAUGGAAGUUCCAGCCAUCACCUUGGGUACAAGCAGACCACCCCAUCACGAAGACGACUACCAAGGUCUGGUUGCCGCGCCCUGGCCCUGGCGGCGAUGGGGCGCCUGAGGAGGCGACGGAGUCCUCGGCAGUGUAUCAUCAGAGCCGGAAGCGGACGAGAGAGGAGGGCGGCGAGACGAUCCUUGAAGACCAGGAUGUGUUAUUCACGGAGCGUCGCAUCAUCUGGCCAUCUAAGAAGGGUUCAGUUGUUGCGGAGGGUGAUAGGCAGGCCCACGGUUGUACUGAGAACAUGGGGGAAGGUAUAGAAGUCAAGACGGAGGUCCAUCAGCAUUAG